CGUCUCAUUCUCCCUUUUGCAGUACCCCCCGAGCGGGUCGUAAUCCGGGACCAGCAGGGCACGGAACGCACCACCGUGGCCGGCCCGUACUCCGAGGGCGACGUCGUUCGGUUGCGCUGUGACGUGUACGGUGGACGGCCCCUGCCGACGGUCAGCUGGUACCGCGACGGGGCACCCCUGGUGGCGGAGACCAAGUUUGUGUCCACCGGGAAGCACCUCCGCAGCGAAAUCGUCCUCGGACCGCUGACCCGGCAGGACCUGCACUCGAAGCUGGUCUGCAAGGCGAACAACCACGUCCGGGCCAGCCCCGUCGAGCAGUCCGUCCAGAUCGAUAUGAACUUCGCUCCCCUCAACAUAAGACUGAUUGGUGCGCACCAGCCGCUGUCCGCGGGCCACCGGUACGAUCUGCUGUGCCAAAGUGCGGGUUCACGACCUGCCGCUUCCAUCACCUGGUUCCUGGACGGAAUUCGGCUGGACAAGAGCAAAGAGACGACAUCAGCGGACGGCAACCAGACAACGAGCACGCUGUCGAUAAGUCUCAACCGGACCGACGCCGGCAAGUACCUGUCCUGCAAGGCGUACAAUACGUACGUGCCGUCCGAUGCCCUCGAGGACGGCUGGCAGCUCGACAUUCAGUAUGUUCCCGACGCCCAGGUCCGGCUCGGCAGCUCGCUCGAUCCGGACUCGAUCCGCGAGGGCACCGACGUCUACUUCGACUGCAUCGUGACGGCCCAUCCCGGCGUGUACAAGGUCGAAUGGAAGCACAACAACAAAACACUGCCGCACAACAUAUCGCAGGGCGUCAUCAUCAGCAACCAGUCGCUGGUGUUGCAGGGCGUCUCGAGGACCACGGCCGGCAACUACAGCUGCGUCGGGUUCAACGCCGAGGGAGAGGGGGCGAGUCCGGUUUUUCCGCUGAAUGUCAUGUACGCCCCCACGUGUGCCCCGAACCAGCAGCGGGUGUACGGCGUGGCCAAGCAGGAGAACGCCGAGAUCCGGUGCGUGGUGGACGCGAACCCGCCGGACGUGGAGUUCAAGUGGACCUUCAACAACUCGGCCGAAAGCAUCGACGUGCAGGCGAGCCACAUCUCGCGGCUAGGAACCUCGUCGGUGGUUUCGUACACGCCGAUGACGGAACUGGACUACGGCACGCUGCUCUGCGUGGCCACGAACCGGAUCGGCAAGCAGCGGCAGGCCUGCGUGUUCCACAUCAUCGCCGCAGGUCGCCCGGACCAGGUCCACAACUGCUCGCUGGCGAACGUGUCGAUGACGUCGCUGAACGUGCGCUGCUACGAGGGCUUCAACGGCGGGCUGGCGCAGAGCUUCUUCCUCGAGCUGCGGGACACCCACACGCAGGAGGUGCGGUUCAACAACACGGCCCCCAUCCCGCGCUUUGCCGUGCCCAAUUUGCACCCCAGCGCCAUCUACCAGCUGUCGGUGUACGCGUUCAACUCCAAGGGCAAAUCCGAACCGUACGUGAUGUCGGCGGCCACGCUCCGGCUGCCCGAGAAGCAGAUGAACUCGGAGAAAACGGAACGUCCCCGGUCGCCGCUCCCGCUCACCCCGACCCUCUCGAUCGCGAUCGGGCUGGGGGCGGCCAUCCUGAUCGGGUCGUGUGCCAUCGUGCUGGCGUUCAAGUUCCCGUGCGGUGGGGCCACCCGGCGGCGCAACAAGGAAACGGGCCACCACAACCACCAGAGCACCACCGUGCGGACGUCGUCGCCGGGUCCGAGCGACAAGAGCGUCGCCAGCAAGGAGUACGACGGCAACGAGAGCGACGAGAAGAACCCGGACGUGAUCCCGGACACGAUCGACUCGGACGAUCAGAUGGAGUACAUCCGUCGCCGCCAGCACAUAUCCACCAUCGACACGAGCAGCCCGAGCCGGCUGCUGCUGACCACGACCUCGGCGGUCGCGUCCCAGGCCCAGCAGCAAAACUUCAUGGGCUCGACCAUGACCCUCGGGGGCAACCACGCGAGCCUCGGCUAUUGCACGCUGCGAAACGGCGGCGGGAUGGGCCUCGGCCCCCAGAACCAGGUGGUCACCAACGUGUCGAUGGCCCACGGCGUCGGUCCCAGUGCGUUCACCUCGUCCACGUGCACCCUGCCGCGACAUCCAGCGGCGGCCGGGUUGAGCCUCGGAGGGCCGGGCGUUUCGAUGGCCCCGCACCAUUGGCCCUCGUACGGGGGGACGAUCGCGGGGGUGCGCAACUUGACGGCCAUCUCGGUGACGAGCAGUCAACACACGAUUCCACCGCCACCGCCCUCCACGAUCGCCAUGCAACAUCUCGGCGGGGCGGGGACGCUGCCACGGGGAGGCGGUGCCGGGGCCAGCUUCCUUGACCACCACCAGCAGCAGCACCAACAGCACCAGCACCAACAGCAGCAGCCGCGGUCACGGGUCUGUCUGGCCGAGGAGGACGUGUCCGCCGAUACGCCCCUCAUGGUCAAGCGCGAGUCGACCGUAUGACUAUAGGAGUCUCACAGGGUCGGUGAUACGGCCCUGUGAGGUUCCGCCAGCCACCACCGGGAGGAGGAGGACGAGGAGGAGCAGGCGGAGGACGAGGCAAGACUUUAAUACACACACACUCACACACAUUCACUCUCACACAAUAAUUAGACGCGCGUUGUUACUUGUUCACAAAUUACGGUGGAAGAACUUGACAAGAUAUUUUUUUCGUUCCAAAGCAAGUCUCUCGCCCAUGUUCGAUGUCUAAGCGUCAAUGAGAAGAAGAAGAAAAGUAAGAGGAAAAACACGUGUUUUUACCAAAUUAUAUCAUUUUGUGAUAUGAACGCUGUGAAGUACUGAAGAAAAAACCAAGUCGAAAAUCGAUGCUCAAUUUUGAGUGCACGUUUGAUUUCCUUUGAGGAAGGAUGUCGAAAGUCGUUGAUUCGAUUUUUUGUUUUAACAAAAAAACAAAAAUCUUUGUAUAACAUGUAACUAAGUUAUGUCUUUUUUUUCGGCAAAGGUAGUUCAAGACUGAUUUAAAUUUUCCUGAAAAAUGUUCAAAUUGAAAACGGGCUUAAAUUUGCACCAGUCUAUGAAUUACCAAAGCAAAGUUAAGGUUGCUGUAAAUAUUGAUCAAUUUCACCUUUUUACCUUUUUUUCUGUGUACAUAUUAAAACUACAAAUCAAGACCCCAACGGCUAAGAAGAAAGAAAACUCGACGUGGACGAGCUUAUUUAGCACACUCUCGAAAUUUCAAAAUCCACGAAUCAACCAAUCUAGCUGAUUUCUGAAAAAGUUAGUUGAAAAAUUUUGCAAACAAAGUUUAAUUUUUGAGUUUAACGAAAAAAAAAAACUGGCGAAACGAGUUCCGAUGAUUCAAACUUCACAACAAGAAGCAAUUAUUGCUUCGAACUUGGUGAAAGGAAAACCAGUUGAUUACGGAAAGUGGUUUGAAGGUAUUACACAGCUAAA